UAAAAUACUUGAAGAAACUACCAAUAUUGUUUAUUGUAUUUUAUUGUUGUUUACUAUGAGUUGCAUUUAUUGGUUUUGUUCUAUAUAAGAAAUUUAAGUUGUAUUUAAUCACCUGUAGCUGAAUGGUAAUUUUAAUUUGUGGAUUAUAAAGUAUCUAUUCAAAAUGAAUGUUUUACCCGCUCAACCAAUUGGUAUACAAAGUACAGCAGGGGCUGUACCUAUUCGCAAUGAAAAAGGUGAAAUAUCUAUGAAAAAGGUCAAAGUCCAGCGGUAUAUAUCAGGAAAAAAGCCAGAUUAUGCCCAAGGUGUGUCAUCAUCUGAAGAAUCAGAAACAGAGGAUUUUAUAGAACAGCAGAGACCAGAGCGAAGGCAAAUAUUACCACAAGUAAUUUAUCAAAAAGAUGAGACCCACAGUGAUUCAGAGAAAGAGGUUGAUGAUCCUCGCUUACGUCGUCUGCGUAUGGCGACACAUUCGCCAUCACGUCGUGCAGAACACAAACCGGAGAUUAUUGAUGCUGAACCUGAACCAGAAUCGGAGUCUAGUGCUGAAGAGGCUAAAUAUAGUUCGGAGAGUGAAGAUGAACUUGAUGAAGAGGAGAUUGAAAGACGACGUCAAGCUCUCAAAGCUAAACUUGCUGCCAGGGAAGCAGAGAAAGAAGUGCUUGGUAGAGAUGAUGAUGAAGAAAUGUUGGAUGGAGACAAAGAAGAGAGUGGCUCGUCUGAUAUGGAAUAUACAGACAGUGAGGAAGAUACAGGCCCUAGAGUUAAACCUGUAUUUGUUCGAGCAUCCGAACGUAUGACAGUUGCUGAGAGGGAACGCAAAUUGAAACUUCAAAAGAAAGAAGAAAGUGAAGCAAGAAAAGAAAAAGAAGAACGAAGACGAGAGGCUUUGAAACUUGUAGAGGAUACAAUAAGGCUUGAACAAAGGAACACUCAGGCUGAACAGAAAGAGGGUAAUAUUAAUGAUGUGUGCACUGAUGAUGAGAAUGACGAAUUAGAGUAUGAGGCUUGGAAACUACGUGAAAUGAAGAGAAUAAAACGUGACAAGGAAGAGAGAGAGACUAUGGAGAAAGAGUUGCUAUCGAUUGAGCGUGUCCGUAAUAUGACGGAAGAAGAGCGACGUGUUGAACAAAGAUUGAAUCCGAAACUGGUAACGAACAAAUCAAUCAAGGGCAAGUACAAAUUUCUACAGAAGUAUUACCACAGAGGUGCAUUUUACUUGGAUAAAGAAGAUGAAGUAUUCAAGCAAGACUUUUCUGGACCGACGCUCGAUGAUCAUUUCGAUAAGACUGUUUUGCCAAAGGUAAUGCAAGUAAAGAAAUUUGGCCGAUCUGGCCGCACGAAGUACACUCAUCUUGUAGAUCAGGACACCACGGAAUUCGACUCCGCCUGGAGCAACGAAGGAGCGGCGGCUAGACUAGCUAACUAUAGAGGUGGCAUGAAACAAGUCUUUGACCGCCCGUCGGCCAGGAGGAAACAUAAUGUGUAAUUUGAAUGUUUUUAUAGUAGAAAAUGAGAGACUUGGAAGUGUUUAUAUAUUAUAUUGUAAAUAUUAUUAAGGCUUUUUAAUAUAGAUCAUCAUUAAAUAUA